UUUUUAUUACUUUACAAUCAGUAUACACGCAUCUACUUGAAUAGAUAUAUAUUACACAUUCUGUGCCCUGUUCUACGUUUAAGAUGCAAAUGGCACUAUGCUUUACAUAUUUAGUAUACGCAAAAAUGCUCGACUAAUCUCUUAAUUAACCUUUAAUCCUUUCAAUGUGAUAGAUAAAAUGAAGAAUUUCUCGUUUCAAGUAGUGUAACAAAAAUAGAGAAUAUUUUCGAAUAUUUACUUUUAGAGUUUAGAAUAAUAUUCUUUUGUCCAUUUUACUUAACUAGUAGAGAAAAGAAGUCAAUAUUUUCUUUUAAUUUUUUUGGUGUUCAUUGAUUGUAUACAGAUUUGUAUUAAGUAAACUAUAAAUAUGUGUGGCUACUAUGACCGCGUGGUUCUGUGAGUGUCUCAAAGAAUUAAAGAAGAAAGAAGCAGUGAAAUUUAGAACUGCUAAAAACAGCUAGUUCGUUGAAAAUUACGAUGUGCUUGGUUUCAAAGAUCCUUAUGAGAUCUACGUGUUUAUUUGCACAGUGUCGUGCGCAAUAAGUGCAGUACAGUCUUGGGCAAAGGUAGGAAGUUGAUGAUUAAUGUCACGGUCAGCGAGGUUCUCACUCUUGACAAGUGCAUACAAGAAAAUCAUGACUUUAUAAGUGACAACUGGAGUAUUGCUUGUGAAGAACUUUAAUCGUAAUAUAUACAUACGUCAAGAUGGUGGAACCAAUUUUUGACUAUCAAUUUCGCCUGAUACUUAUCGGUGACAGUACAGUCGGAAAAAGUUCGUUGCUGAAAUAUUUUACUGAUGGGAAGUUCGCAGAGCUUUCAGAUCCAACAGUAGGAGUAGAUUUUUUUGCUAGAUUAAUUGAAGUAAAGGAUGGAACAAGAAUAAAAUUACAGUUAUGGGAUACAGCUGGCCAAGAAAGAUUUAGGUCAAUUACAAAAUCAUACUAUAGAAACUCUGUUGGUGCCCUGCUUGUGUAUGAUGUCUGUAAUAGAGCAAGUUUUGAACAUAUUCCUCAGUGGAUGAUGGAAGCUCGUAGACAUAUUGAGCCACAUCGCCCUGUAUUUGCAUUGGUAGGUUGUAAAUUAGAUUUAGUUACCAAUGGAAGUAGGCGAGAAGUUUCAAAAGAAGAAGCAAGAGCUUUUGCUGAUCAACAUGGAGUACAUCACAUUGAAACAAGCGCAAAGACUGGAGUUAAUGUUGAAGAAGCAUUUCGAACAGUUACACAGGAAGUUUAUAAUAGAAUACAGACUGGUGAAUAUAAGGUAGAAGAUGGUUGGGAUGGAAUAAAAACUGGAUUUGCUAGGCCUGGUGGUUUAGAUUUUAAUCUAGUCGAAGCAGAACCUGCAAAAUCCUCUUGUUGUUAAGUUAAAAUUUAAUUUGUUACAAAAGCAAACAAUGUUCAGAAUGCAGUGGCACUAUAAAAAUUUAUGUUUUUUAAGUUUUUCUAAAUCUUGAGACAUGUAUAUUAAGAGAGAGGAAGACCGAAAGAAUACAUUCAAAUUUCCAUAUCAAUUUUAUUUGACAAACAUGAAAGAAAAUUCUAUUCUUUAAUAAUUACAUUCCACUGCAUUCUCGUUUUAGAAGAAAGAUUUACAACAAAUUUAAAAUGUGUAUAAAUCUCGAUUAGACAUUUUUGUACAUAGCUUGUAUAAACGAAUGAUUAUAUGUCAUUGAAGUACACAGACAUUGAACUAGAACUAUUUCUUAUCUUAUUUAAGGAACAAAAUAUCUCAAUGUAAAGAAAGUUCAUGUUCAUAGUAUAAAUGUAGCCAUAGCAUUUGUAUGAAUUUUGUCAUAAAUUAAUGAUUUUGUUAA